AUGGCAGGUCGGCGCAUAUUAAAGCUCACCAUUGGAAAGAAAGCAGCGCAGCCAUCGCAACCAUCGCAAUCAGCGCCGCAGCCAUCCCAGAAAUCUCCUACUCCUCCGCGUCCCUCAGCUUCUUCGACUCCUGCUCCAGCGCCAAAGCUGAAACUUAAGCUUGGCCUUAAGCUACCAGUACAGAAGCCGGAACAAAAACCCACGCCUGCAAAGCCCAAGAAACCCGCAAAAACCUCGAAAGAGACACCCACGAGCAGCUCCUCCAAAAAGAGACCGCGGGAUACUGCAGCAGAUACUAAUGGAAAGGCCUCAAGAGGUGCGGCGGCAGCUGAAGGAGCCCCCGUUAAGCGAUUCAAACUUACUACAAAACCCAAGCAACCUACCGCCCUUCGAAUAAAAAAUAAAGGCGCUCCCCCGGUUAGACCAAGAGGCGCAGGAUACGACUCAGAAGCUUCAGAUACCGAGAUAGAUCCUGCCCUGGAAGAGGAGUUUAUCUUGCGAAUGGAGCCCGGAGAAGAUUGCGAAUACCUACGAAAGGCUAUCGAGGAAAAGCGUUUUGGGCCCCGAGCUUUGGGCGGUGCAGAUGUCAGCUUCAAAUCUCUUACCCGCGAUGGAAGAAGAGCUAUAGUUACGAUACGAGGAAACAUUUAUGCUGCUGCGUUGGUGGAUCUGCCAGCCAUAAUAGAAGGGUUAAAAAGCUGGGACAAAAGAGGCUGGUACAAAGCUGCAGAUAUCUGUCAGAUGCUGCUGGUGCUUGGGAAGGUUAAAACGGAAGAGGAAGCCCAUAGUUACCCUCUACCAAAGGACGUUGACCCUGCGACCUUUCAAUAUGCACAUGGCCUUACACCCCCUCUACGGUGGGUGAGAAAGCGACGCUUCCGCAAACGCAUCAGCAAUCGUACUAUCGAAGCAGUGGAGCUUGAAGUUGCCAGGCUAUUGAAGGAAGACUUGGCCGCCAUCAAACCGCCUGAUUUCGAAAUUAUGGACCAGAAUCAAUACGCACGCGAAAGUCAAGGAGAGCAAGACGGCUUCGAAGAGUACGAUGAUGAGCAAGAUGCGGAAGGAGAAUUCUUUGACGAAAGUCUACAGUACGAGGAACAGCAGUACGAAGAACCUUUGGAAAUGGAUGACGACCUUGCCGCAGAGAUGGAAGCGGAGCUUGCGGCUCAUGCUGAUGCUGGCUCGGUGCCGGCUUCCGCAACACCAGAUGUUAGCCAUACGGGUGAUGACAUCCAGGAACCCGAUACCGAGAGUUACCUAGACGUUGGUACACCUCAAACUCCUCAAACUCCUCUACAAGCUCAAGCAGAAUCUUCAGGGGACGAAGAUGAGAGCGGAAUGUCUGCGGCAGAAGAUGCCAACGACGAUUUGGAUGAAGACGCUCUCGAGCAACAGCAUCAAUUACAAGAACAACUUGAGGAAAUCGCCGAACUCGAGGCCGACGUAGAGGCAGAGACACGCCGGUGGGAAGGAAUGAACAAUCCAAUUUUGAAGAACAAACUAGGAAAACGUGUACAAAAUUUGAGGCAGGCUUUGGAGUUGAAGAAGGUCUCCCUCGGUGGAAGAGGGUGA